AUGGAAAAUGUGAUGCAUCAGUCUUCACUAGAGCAAGACACUCCACCCACUCCUCCUCCUGCUCCAGCUGGUUCUACAAGAAAACCAGGAGGAUGGAAAUCUAUCAAAUACAUCAUUGGUAAUGAAUCGUUCGAGAAGUUGGCAUCAAUGAGCUUGAUAUCCAACAUGACAGUGUACCUGAAUACAAAAUACAACAUGAGUGGUAUAUUUGUGGUUAAUGUGGUCACAAUAUGGAAUGGUUCCUCCAACAUUGCAUCAUUAGCUGGAGCUUUCAUUUCUGAUGCUUAUCUGGGCAGGUUCCGUACCCUCCUCUAUGGCUCCAUAGCGUCUCUUCUGGGUAUUGGGACCAUGACCCUAACUGCAGCUAUACGUCAGUUAAGACCCCCCACUUGCAUUAAUGGGGAAUCCCACUGCCAACAUCCUCAAACUUGGCAGCUAGUCUUCCUCUUCAUGGCUCUUGGAUUGCUAUCCUUGGGUGCAGGCGGCAUUAGGCCCUGCAACAUAGCCUUUGGGGCUGAUCAAUUUGACACCAAAACAGAGAAGGGAAGAGCACAAUUGGAAAGCUUCUUCAAUUGGUGGUACUUCUCCUUCACAAUUGCUCUCAUUUUCGCCCUCACUGCUGUCGUCUACAUUCAGACUAAUGUCAGCUGGGUUUUAGGCUUUGCUGUUCCCACUGCCUGCCUUGGCAUUUCCAUAACAAUAUUCUUGCUCGGCUGCCAUACUUAUGUUUACAAAGAUCCCCAAGGGAGCAUCUUCUCCGACAUGGCAAAGGUGAUUAUAGCUGCCUGUCGGAAGCAUCGGUUGAGAACCGUUGGAUCAUUUUAUGAUCCUCCUGUGACAGGAUUAGACUCAUCACCCACAACAUUGCUUGCUCGUACUGACAGGUUCAGAUUCCUCGACAAGGCUGCUAUAAUUGCAGAGCCAAGUGAAUUGGACAGCCAUGGAAUUUCCAACAAUGGCUGGAGACUCUGUAGCUUGCAACAAGUCGAACAGCUGAAAUGCUUGGUAGCAAUUGCGCCUGUUUGGGUGUCGGGAAUUGGAUGUUUUAUAACCAUGGAUCAGCAGAACACUUUUGGAGUCCUUCAAUUGAUGCAGAUGAACAGAUCCGUUGGAUCCCAUUUCAAAAUCCCACCUGGGUGGAUGAAUCUCACAUCCAUGAUUGCACUCUCUACAUGGAUAAUCAUCUACGAGCAAAUUUACAUCCCUCAGGCACGGAAAAUGACAAGAAAGGACAAACGAUUGACAAUGCAGCAAAGAAUAAGCAUCGGCAUUUUGAUGUCAAUUCUGUGCAUGUUGGUUGCCGGGUUUGUUGAGAAAAAGCGCCGUGACUCUGCUACAGUACAGGGGCUAUUUACUUCACCAAUGAGUUUUGCAUUUCUCGUGCCACAGUUUUUCUUUUCAGGUAUGACUGAAGCUUUUGCCGCAGUUGCGUUAAUGGAGUUUUUCACCACGCAAAUGCCAGAGAGCAUGAGAACUAUUGCUGGAGCUAUCUUCUUCCUCAGCUUAUCCGUUGCAAGCUACAUAGGCUCUCUUCUUGUCAAUGUCAUCCAUAGUGCAACAGGGAAAAGAGGCAAAUCGCCAUGGCUGGGGGGUCGAGAUCUCAACAACAAUAGGCUUGACUACUACUACUACGUAAUUGCUACCCUGGCAACUCUAAAUCUUCUCUACUUCAAUUUCUUCGCCACCCACUAUAUCUCAAGCAGAGGUGGUGGUGGUGGGAGAUCUGCCGAGAGCUCCACAGAUUACCACCCAAGAAAUCUCUCUGAAAGUGAACGAGAGAACGAAAGAAAAGACUUGGAGAGGGACGGCGCGCGGUAGCUAAUCACUAACCAGCAACUUUGUACAGUUUAAUUUUU